AUUAAUAGAAAAUAUUGGGUGCGACCAAUUAAUAUAAGACGUCCCAUUCAAGGAGAUUUUGAUCAUUUAUUACAAGAAAUGAAAACUGAUCCUUAUAUGUUCUUCAGAUAUACCAGAAUGUCCGUAAAUGUUUUCAAUCACUUAUUAGAAAUAAUGAAACCAUUCUUAACCAAAAAGAGUCAUCGUGCCUUAGUACCAGAGCAACGUCUUGCUUUAACUUUAAGAUAUCUCGCCACAGGAAAUCAAAUCUUGUCUAUUGCGUUAGCAUACAGAAUUGGAGAAUCUACAGCGAGAAAUGUAAUUAAGGAAACUUGUGCUAUGAUCAUAAAAGCUUUUAUAGGAAAUGGAACUUUCCAAAUUGCUGCGGAGCAAUAGACGGGAAACAUAUUCAAAUACAAGCACCGCCAAAUUCUGGAAGUCUGUUUUAUAAUUAUAAGAAAACAUUUAGUAUUGUUUUGAUGGCAGCAUGUGAU